ACAAGCUCCACAUUGUGUUUUCCAGGGAAUUUUCCGGCAACUGCACCGGUGAACGUCGCCGGAAUGGACCAGUCAUGGAGAAUUGGCAUGGGUUUAAUGCGGGGUCUCCCUCGUCGGCGAUCGGUGGAGGACCGGUCAUCUUCCCGCCGCCGGCGCUCCACCUUCUCCAGCUCCCAGUCGGAGACCGUGGACGCUGACGACUUCGCCGACGUCUUUGGGGGCCCCCCGCGAACCCUCCUCGCGCACAAAUUCUCGAACUCCAGCUCGUUCUAUGAGGAAAUUUUCCGUCCGCCGGAGUUCACAUCUCAGGCGCCGAAGGGUGGCCGUAGUCUGCCGGUGUUUAGGAUUCCGGCAAGGAACGAGGGGUUUUACAGCGACAUUUUUGGGUCAGACGAUGACCGGAAAUCGAGAGAGCGAUCAGGGUCGUUGUCGAAGGCAAAUUCUUCGUCGGCACUGAGUUCCGAGGAGCUAAGCCCUCGCCGGCCGACGAUCGGAGAUGACGUGGCACUAUCUGGUUUUUCUUCAAAGCUUAGACCAAUAAAUGUCCCAUGGAGAUGGAACUCAGCAACUAUGAUGGCCGAGACUGAAGAAUACCCAAGAAAACAAGGGGUGCCACUUUUUCCAUUCAGUGGUCAAUCAUUUGAGAUUCAACAUGAGGAUAAUGAGUACAACUACAAGGAUAACUUCAAAAGCUCCCACAUGGGAUUCUCAAGAAGAGUCUCAUCCCCAGAAACCAUUAGUCUUGAAUCCAAUUCAUAUCAAAGCAGCAAAGUAUUCACUGAUGACUGGGAGCUCAAUUCUCCAUUUUCUGCUGUCUCUUCACUUUGUCAAGAACCUGAGCCAAAAUUUUCAGUGCAUGAUCACAUGCUUUCAGAACAAAUUAUAGAAGGGGAUGAUGGUGAUAAUGACGAUGAUGAUGAAAUUAUGAGCUCUUAUGUCAUUGAACUUAAUUGCAACCUCAGAAGAGAAGAGUGUGGAGCAUCAGACAUUGAUGAAGCAAUUGCAUGGGCCAAAGAGAAGUUUCAAUCGCGAAGCUCUGAGGAAGAAUCAAGCAUGAGAAGUGAUGGCAAUGAGCAAACUGUUGGAAUAGAAGGAAGACAUGAUGCAAAAGAAUACCAUGAUGGUGGAAACCGAAUAGUUCAUUCUCCAAAGAAGCAAGAGACAGGCACAGAGAAGUUGGACAGAGAUAUAAGAUUGUGGUCAUCUGGCAAGGAAACAGACAUCCGGCUACUGCUUUCUACACUACAUCAUAUUGUACGGCCUGACAGUGGCUGGCAUGCUAUUCCUCUUACGUGUCUAAUAGAAAGCUCACAAGUGAAGAAGGCUUAUCAGAAAGCAAGGUUAUGCCUGCAUCCAGACAAACUGCAGCAAAAAGGAGCAACACUCCUACAGAAAUACGUGGCAGAAAAGGCUUUCACUAUUCUUCAGGAUGCAUGGGCUGCAUUCAUUUCUGAAGAUGUUUCCUUCUAACCAGCAGAUGACUCUAAUUCUUGAUAAUGAUAACCAUUUUUCUUGAGAGUUGUGGACAACAUUAAGCUUGACAUGUGGAACGAUGGGAGUGGUUGUUGACAUGCAGCAGAUAAACGCUAAAUACAUGAAACUUGAAAACAUAAUCUCUUUUGUACAAAUAGUUACUGAUGGAUUGACUGUUUUAUUUAUGUUUGUAUCAUAAGUUGUUUGAUGCUUUGG